AACGACUGGAGACAUUCACAAACGUUUUAGAAUCUGAGCAACAGCAAAUACAUUUCGAGUAAAAUGUCGGAACUGAAAUUUGAGGCGAAUUGCAGUGAGUUUGCGUUGGAGACAACUGAGAAGCUAUUUGAGCAACUGAACUUGCAGACGCAGGUCGAGGCUUCCCUGCCGUUUGAGGACGAUGAGAAAACGCUGAAGCAACAGCUGCUUGAACAGGACCUGGAGCAGCUGCAACGACGCCAGAGCAUCGUCUACGAAAACGCUCAGAAACAGGUGGCUGUGCUCGAGAAUCUGCUGAAGACCGUUGAGCCUGGCUGGCAAAAGGCAGUGGAGAAGACAGCGGCUGUUGAGGACUGCUCGCCACCGCAGGCCUAUCACUUCAAGGACAUCUACGAGCGCAAGAAACAGCAGUUGUUGACACAGCACCUCGAGCAGGAGCGUGCUCUGCGCCAGUUCCGCAGCCGUCCAAUGCCCAACUUUAGCCAGGCCCAUCGUCAGUUGGCCAACAGGCAAGUCGUGCAUCGCAUCACCUCUGCUAUCACGCCGAAUGUGCUGAAAACGUCGCGGCAAAUGCUGCUCAAGCGGAAGCAGAAAAUUGAGCAGCUGCUGCAGCAGCGCGAUCAGGAGCAGAAACAAAAUAUGUGCUUAAAGUCUAAGCCGGUGCCCAAAUUUAAAGGGGCUCCACUCAAGCCAGCCAAUAUUCAAGUGCAGUUGGAGAUCAAGCCGUUCCGUCUGUCCACGGAGCUGCGCGCCGAACAGCGCAAGAUCUUCAAUGCGCAGUCGCAUCAGGCGCAGGAAACUAAGCGUCGGCAGCUGGAGGAGCAGCGCAAGCGUCGCGAGCAGGAAGAAUUUCAAAAGCAGCGCCAAUUAGCCACGUUCCGUGCUCGACCCAAUCCCUUUAAGUUUCAAUUUCGCGGAGGUGUCGAGCCUUAGCAGUCGUUUCUUGUU